UGGCAUUCAGCAAAUCAUACACCCAAGUCCCGCCUUUAUUUUCCUUUUUGCAGCCCGGUUUCUCUCUUCUGCUCAUUCAUACCCGCCCACCCCGCUUUUGUAGCUUGCUUGUUCAUAUCUGAACUUGGGUAUCCAAAGGCACUGCUUGACUUUGCAGGUACAUUUCACAGUUAAAGAGGGUCCGUCAUUUAGUAGUCGGGGAUGGGAAGAACUGUCACAAAGCAAAAGUCUACAUUCUAAAUCGUGAAGUUCUGGGAGCUGAGAAUCAUACUGGCAGGGCCAAGAACGAAUCCGUCGCUGAGCGAGGAGGCGGGGCUCCUGUCGGGGCCUCUUGCAGCCCGCGCUGGGUUCCUGAAUUCCCGCGCUGUAAGCCGGAACCCCAGGCCAGCGGGCGCCGCGGCGGGACCGGAGCUGGGUGCAGGACGCACGACCCAGCCAGAACUACAACUCCCGACGUGCGCGGCGGCCAACGCCGGUUCUACCCUUGCUUGUUGCUUUCUUUUUUUUUUUUCCCUCUUCUUGCGACGGAGACUGCUGUCCAGGAAGUGCGCAGUAGUGAUUCUAGAAAGGCUGGAAGCUCUCCUGGCGACGCGGGGCCCGCGAACGGCUCACGGAAUGCCUCCUACUCCUAGUGAGCGCAGGCGUUGCGGAACCCACCGUCCCACAGGACGUGUUUCCGGGAGACGUUAAUUGUGGCCGGACUCAGUGGCGCGGCAGUUUAACUCUCCGGCGGCUGCCGAUUGAUGGGACGAGAUGGUCCUGGCGGGGCUCAUCAGAAAACUCGGUCAUCAGCUGGCCGAGAUCAGGGAGCGCGCUCUCAAGAGUAUUCUCUGCAAGAUUGAGCACAACUUAAUCUGCUACGCUGAUCUCAUUCAGGAGAGGCAACUUUUUCUUCAUUUGCUGGAAUGGUUCAAUUUCCCGUCCGUUCCAGUGAAGGAGGAGGUUCUGAACUUGUUAAGCAGAUUGGUUAAGUAUCCCCCAGCAGUCCAACAUUUGGUUGACCUUGGUGCAGUAGAGUUCUUAUCUAAGCUUCGGUCGAAUGUGGAGCCGAAUCUGCAGGCUGAAAUUGAUGGCAUUCUGGAUGGACUUUUCAUUCUUCCUUCGGAAGUUCCUGCACUGUCUUCUGCCUCAUACCAGACCAAUCAAACUGAAUUGUCAAAAAACCCUGAAAUCUUAACAGGAUAUUUUCCCCAAGACAAAAGUAAUUUCCAGCAGAUGGAAGUGCCGCCACAAACAGUAGUAAAUCAGACUGUGAAGUGCUUGAAGUUUUCUACAUUUCCUUGGCUACCCCUGACCACCACAGACAGACAUGUCCUCUCCUCUAAUGAAAGCUCUUUAAGAAGUAGUAACCACACUUUAAUCUGGAACACCUGUGAACUAUUGAAGGACGUUAUCAUGCAAGAUUUUCCUGCUGAGAUUUUCCUUCAAAGGCCAAAAAUUGUUCAGAGCCUUUUAUCUCUGUUGAAACUGGCCUUUGGAGGAGAUGGAAAGCAUCGCCUGGCAUUACAGUCAGUGUCCUGCCUGCAGCAGCUGUGCAUGUAUUUAAGAAACAGACUUAACUUUCACCGAGAUCCAGGUUUUUUCUCCAAUAAACAGGACACAGUUUCCCAAAAUUCUUCUUUAUCUUAUUGUCAUGAAGCAAGAGGUACUCAUCAUUCCCAGAACCCUUCCCCGGGAAGCAGCAGCCCUCGGCCUUCUGUGGUUGGACGCACAGGCCAGCGACCCAGAGGAGAUGGCCAGGAUUGGGAUGCAGUGUCCUCUAGUGGAAGUAGUAGUCAUGCUCAUGUAAACUCUAGGAUAUCCGUUCAUUCACCUUUGGAUAUGGGACACAUAGAUCUGCCAGAGCUGGAAACUGAAGACACAUUGGAACUACAAUUCCAGCAGCUCAGUCUUCCCCAGUUUUGUGUCUCCGUUCUGGAAUCAGCUGUUCCUCUCUUAAGAACAGGUAGCAGACAAAUGAUAGUAAGAGUUCUGGAAUUGCUUGCAGAGGAUAUGACACUUAUUGGUGAAGCAAUUUCAACAGAUAUCUGGGAUGACAGCAGCCUUUUUGGUAUAGAUAUGAAAGAGAAACUGCUCCUGGUGUUGGGAGCCCUUGGAGAAACCAUGUGCUACCAUAAAAGUGGUAUCAGUUUGGAGCAACCAGAGGUGAUGCUUGUGCACCACAGAAUGGCCUUUAUCAGCAUUUCCCUGUUUGCAGUUCGACUGCUACAAACGCUUCUCCCUGUUGAAAAGGCAAGCGAGUUUUUACCAGAGCCUAUGUCAACAGCAUUAUUUCUCCUUUCUUUGGACAUGCCUGUUUCUUUGGAAUAUCCAAAUAUUCAUGAAGCUGUUGUGGCCUAUUUGGAACAGCUGAAUUCUGAAAACUACAGUAUUUAUAAACGAACUGCAGAGGCUGUUUAUUCAAUUGAAUGCACCUGUAACUUCCUGUCUGAUAUUGAGAAGGAGGGAGAAAAGAAUCUCUUAGAAUUAGUGGAGCUGGCAGACCAAGCCUUGCGUAGCUUUUCCUAUCAUCAGCAUUUCUCCCUAAUAAAGGAAAUCAUCAGCAUUUGUUCAAAGAUCUGGAAAUCUGCGCAGGCCAGUCCAUUACUACAAGGAGAAAGUCAGAAGGCGCUUCUCCAUAUGUUGUCUCACCCGUUGCCACAAGUGAAAGCCGAAACUUACCACUGCUGUCUGGAAAUCACGAAGGAAUGUUUAGGUGUCCAUAAUGUCACUAAAUCUGUGUCUUCACUUUGCAAUGGAAUUCAUUUUCUACUUCAUCCAAAAGUUCUGUAUGAAAUCUCUGUAUUUGGCAUUCAAGACCCCAAAAGUGAGGUGAACACUGCUGCCAAGGCCAUUCUGUUAUACCUGCUUCAGGGACGAUUGAUGAUGACAGCCCUGACCUGGAACAAGUUUAUUGAGUCUCUGUGUCCUGUCAUUCCAAUACUACAGGGCUAUGCCGACACAGAAGAUCCUUUGGGUAACUGCAUUCUCCUUCUAAGCAAAGCAAGUUCUGACACAGAAGAGAUUCUUCCGUGUACUACCCGAUUAAAGUCCAUGCUGCGACUUUUGCUAGUGAAAAAGCCAUCGGUCCGCUCACAAGCGUUAAAGCUUUUAGCGUUGCAUCUUACCAGUGAAGAAGGGGCUGACACAAAGCGUCCUCUGAUAGACGCCAGAGUUCUCUCCAGAGUUACGAAUUUAUUCAUUGUGAAGAAACCUAUUGAACUCAAACUGGAUGACAGAAGAGAGCUGGUUAUUAAGUCGGAGACUGUUGAAAAGGUGUAUGAAAUCUUCACCUCAGAUGAUGUUGAUCUUGUUUUGAGAAAGUCAGCUGCCGAACAGUUGGCUGUGAUUAUGCAAGAUAUUAAAAUGCAUGCUGUGGUGAAAAAGUUAUGCUUAAUUGACAAAAUAAUUGAGUAUUUAAAUGAAUGUGUGAGUCAAGAUGGCAAGGUUGUAGAAUGUUUGGUACAACCAUGCCUCACACUCUUGAGGAAGGUUUUAUGUGGCGAUCCAGUCAUGCGUGUUUCCCUCUCACAACAGCCUUCUCUUUUGACCCUGUUGUUCAGAGUUUCCUUAAUAUUUCAUGAAGAUUGUACUGUCGUGACUGAAGUUGGAGCACUAUUUUGUCUUCUAUUAUUUGAUGAAGUAUCAAGAAUGGAUAUGUGGUCUGUUAAUCCUUCCAAUAAACCUUCUUUGCCGUCAGUCUUCAGUUUGCCUGUUUCAGUUUUUAGAAGGUAUCAUCUACCUGUUCAUGUAAUCAGACACCAUGCUGUGAGUCCUUACUCCAUAGUUUUGCCCUUAUCUGCUGAUUGUUUGGACUUGAAGCCGGUGUCAGAUAUGCUGAGAAUAGCUUGGAACCUGUCAUGGUAUCAUGGGAGUGAUAAUCUGUUGAAGCAAAUGAACUCUGAAAGUAAAAAGCAAGAAUUUUUAGAUGCAUUGAAGUUAUCCACAGAGGAUGUCCUCACUCUGAAGAUAACACACAUGGCUAGUGGGCUGCAGGACUGCCUCCAUUCCAUUGUUCAGGCUGCAGCCCACAGGGAAGUUAGGGCUGCUGUCACUAGGAUGAGUUUUUAUCUUCUGAAUGACAGAUUGUCUUUAAAGGGUGGCCCUGGUCCCUGUGGGGUUACCUUGAAGUCCUUGGCUUGGCACACAGCACUGAACAGGUUUUUACAAGUGCUUCCUGCUUGCACUGAAGAUGAGAAACUGCUAAUAGAUAUUGUACAUUUUUUAAAUAAAUUAAUAAAAGAACAAAGAAAAAAUUCGUCACUAGAACUUCUAAACUGGAUUCUCGAAUUACUUCUUAGACAUAAUGCAAACCCACUGUUAGACCUCUUGGUUCUGACAGAGUCACAGGCACGAGAAGAAACAGAUGAUAUCCGGACUGCUGUCAGGCAACAACUUCAGAAAGAACUGAUGGCUCUUUUUGAUACCUUGCUGCUCAAUUUCAUGGAAGUUACUGACAGGAAAUGCUCGGAACUUCUUUACGUUUUUCAAACACAGCUGGCUCUGAAACUGCUCCAGUGUCUGAAAGUGACGGAUGCGCCUCAUUUCUAUGGCCUGCCGUCCCUUGAGCGGACCUUACGAGGGAUGGCUAACCUCACUGCGUUUCCGGGGUGGAGCUCACAUUCCCCUCUCACAGAGCCUCUCGAUAUCUGUGUGAAGUACUUGUCAGGUCUCCUUGAGGUCAUUACUUCUUUUUAUGUGGAACGUGGAGGAAAUGCUAUGUCAUUCAUGGGAAAAGGUGUUACAAAGAGCACAAUUCUUUGCUUGCUUCACUUAUCCCAUGAGAUGAUGGCCCAGGCUGGGAGCUCGGAGUGGAUGUCACUUUGGUUCUUGCCUUUGGGUAGUCAUAGUGAAGAACACAUUCCUACUCAACAAGGAUUGGCUUGGUUGAUUCCAUUAUGGGUUGAUCGGGACCCAGAGGUGAGAUUCACUUCGCUGGGGUUAGGAUCAGCACUGACCACCCUUGAAACUGGCUGUGUGGCCUUAGCAAACAGUUGUCAGAAUAUUUCCGGUGGGCUCUGGGGAACUGUGGUGAACAUUCUUCUGGACCAGUCAGAAUGUAGUAUGGUGCGCCGGGAGGCUGCGUUUAUUCUUCAGAAUCUCCUUGUAAUUCCAAUGCCUACAGAAAUUAUAAAGGAUUAUACGUGGCAGGGGCCCUGUGUCCACGAUGAGGACUCUGGCCUAUCGCUCAUUGGAAAACCUGCCCUUCAGGCUCUUUUAUAUCAUUGCCAUUUUUAUGAACAUUUGAAUCAGAUGGUAAAACGUUGUUACCUAGGACGGUGUAUGUUUGAUUUGAAUUUUUCUGCUUUUGAUAGAAAUUUAGAAGGCAGUGAUUUAAAUGGUUUAGAUGACUCAUUCAAGUUUUGGAGGGCUCCAUCUAGGAUAUGUCAGGAUCGAGAUCCAAGUUCUCUCUCCACCUCAGAAACAACGGUGGCACCUUCAUUGGAGAGUACUGAAUUUCAGCCACUUGUGCAGUCAACAACACUUGUGCCUGAAGCUUCCCAUGACCAGUUUGUGGUUCAAGGUCACCAGGAAAGUGCAUCGCCACGGCCACCUCAGGAUUCAUCUCUUUCUGCCCCCCUGCCCAAACUGUGUGUUUUUGUUACUCCAUCCCUUCUUUCAGCAACGUGCAGCCUCUUGGACAACCUCUUGGCGAUUGCUCCCAGAGACACCGCAAAGGCUUUUCGACAAGCUCAUCUCAUAGAACUUCUCUGUAGCAUUGCAGAUGCUACCCUCAUACAGACAUGUGUCCAGGAACUCAGAGCCCUGCUGCCUUCAUCACCUCCAGCUGAACACACUCAGGCUCAGGUUUCCUUUCUCCUGGAAUACCUAUCCUCUUUGUCCAGGCUUCUGCAGUCAUGUUUAUUGGUGGAGCCUGACCUUGUGAUUCAGGAUGAGCUUAUGAAACCUCUUAUCACCAAUAUCAUUGGAAUUCUCACCAUAUGUACCAAAGAUGUAUUAGAUAAAGAGUUAAUAUCAGCUUUUUAUCACACAUGGACACAUUUAUUUAAUCUUCUGGCCACGCUCCUGAGGAAAGCUGGUGCCGUCACACUCCCGUCUAUUACCGUGGCCCUGGCCAAGCACUGGACAGCAGUGAUUGAUAUGUUCUGCAAAUGUGCAGGCUUGUCUGCCACGUGUCCUGCCCUGUAUACUGCCAGCCUGCAAUUCCUUUCUAUUCUCUUGACUGAAGAAGCAAAAGGGCAUCUCCAGGCUAAGAGCAAAACAAAUUUAUGCCAUAGUCCAACAAUGGCUUCACUUCUUGAUGAGACUCAGGAAAAUCAGAAAUCUCUAGAACGACUUAGUGAUGUAAUUCUUCAGUGCUAUGAAGGGAAAUCCUCCAAAGAUAUCCUGAAAAGAGUAGCUGCAAAUGCGUUGAUGUCACUUCUGGCUGUCAGUAGAAGAGCACAGAAACAUGCUUUGAAAGCCAAUCUUAUAGACAAUUGCAUGGAGCAGAUGAAACACAUAAAUGCACAACUGAACCUAGAUUCUCUGAGGCCUGGGAAAGCAGCAUUGAAAAAAAAGGAGGAUGGUGUUAUUAAAGAGUUAAGCAUUGCCAUGCAGCUCCUAAGAAACUGUCUUUAUCAAAAUGAAGAAUGUAAAGAAGCAGCUCUUGAAGCUCACCUUGUGCCUGUCUUGCACUCUCUCUGGCCUUGGAUUUUGAUGGAUGAUUCAUUGAUGCAAAUUUCUCUGCAGCUCCUUUGUGUCUAUACUGCAAAUUUUCCAAAUGGAGAGAACAUUGACCACUAAGAAUGAGCAAAGACAAGGAGUAGAGGUGAUGUGAGAAGAGGAGAAAGUGUGAAGUUGCUGUUUUUAGAGGAAGGAAAGUAGGAUUGCUGGCAGUGUUAAGUACCAAUUUAAAAUGUAUGGUCAUAAAUUUAAGAUUUGACUAGUUAGCAAGUUUUUGUGCUUUCUUCUAACAACACUCAGUUGCCCAGCAACUGGGGUCUCUAAAUAUCAAAGGUUAUACAGAGAAGGGACUGGAACUCAAAACAGUUAAGAGCCCAUCUAGUUACUGCCAGAUGCCGAUGAUGGCUUAUUCUUUGAAUAAUCUCACACCUCUGGAGCUGUCCAUUUCGACACCCAACUCAGAUUGUCUGCAGUCAGCACAAAGAGAUAGAAACAGGCCUUCAGGCUCUUGAACUUGAAUUAUUAUUGAAGCGUAUGUGUACAGGAUUGUCCUUGCCUUCGUUCUGUGCUGUGAACUUUCUCUCUUCCUGAGGUCUGGUGGGAAUGUCUCCAAUGUCUCCUUUCAGUGCAUUUUCCAGCUCUACUAGUGUGUCUUUUGUUUGUUUACUCAUCUUUUGUGAGUUUCUUUUACAGAAUAUAUUGGAUUCUGAUCAAUUUAUGCUUAAGUUGGCCUCCUUGUAUGAACUUUCACAAGUCAGUUAUACCUUAGGUUUACAUAUAAUACAGUCUUAUUGAUUUAACAUUAAAAUGUAUUUCCAAUUUCUUUUUUCUCCCUCAGUAAGUCUCAUUCAGUUACUUAAUUUCCUGAGAAACACUGGACCCUGGAAAACCUGUAGAUGCCACUGCUGGCUCCUGCCAUUCUAAGCUAUGUGACCUUGAGCAACAAACUGGCUUUUCUGAGCUCCAUAUCUUUGUUGACCAAAUAUAGAAAAUAGUAUUUGUUCUGUCCCCUUUCCCAGGAAUAUUAUGUUCCUUAUUUGUAUGUUAUGUAAAAUGAAGGCAUUAGACAAGUUAUCUCCCAUUUCUAAAAUUCUGUUCCUCUACACAGGCCUUUAUUUAGAUGUUUUCUUUAGGAACUAUUAAAAACCCUAGUAUGCUUAUUUCAUUCUUUUUAAAAAAAUAAACCUGGUGUCUUAAAGUGCUUUGUUGAGAUAAUUAGGCCCUCAUUGAGACAAUAUAUCUAUUAGGUUGCAUGUAGACACCAACAUUAGCCUCUAUUGCUAAUUUGCAGUUCACAGGUUAAUGGCCAAGUCAUUUUGAUAGACAGAUACGCUUUGCCACUUAGUGUCUUCAAAAACUAAACAGGGAAACUGAGAAGACAUUGUGAUAGGCUGUUAUUU